AUGGAACAGCAACUGAAUUUUAGUAACGAUCGAUCAAGCGACAUUACAAACACCAUUCUUCCACUUCCCCCUGAGUUAUUAUAUGACAUACUGGACUACCUGUCACUUGAGGACACGAUCUCGUUUGCCUUCUGCAGAUUGGACUUUUUACUUGCCUCGCUUGAUUUCCUCAAGCACAAAGUGGGCUCCACGCUUCGACAUCUGGAUUCUCUAGCUGUACUAUUCAACGAAAAUCAGUGGCCAAGCUCUUGGCUAUACAAGAUUGUUAAAAGCUCGAUCUAUUGCGAGCAACCACUACUUAGGGAUAUUUGUAUCCUGACAAACAUCUUCGAAGAUAUUGACUGUCCGGCAAGGAUUAUGCAGAACAUUAUCUUUGAAUGUCCCGGGUCUCAGUGGCCAGUCUCACAUAGCUGUGUUCUUCGAGGCUUCAAAGGAAUUGGUGCCCUGUAUUUACAGCGAAGCCCACAUGCUAUUUUUGAUACGGAUAAAUUAGGCAUGAGCAUUUUACAUGUUUCCAUCCUAAAUCGGGCUCCGCAAGUCUUCGACGUUGUCCACCGAAUUUUGAAACGAACCCCCGAGCCAGAGCAAGUCGACUAUGUCAAUAAGCUUGACUGUAUGGGCCACACGGCGUUGACAUAUGCGAUAUCUACAUAUUCCGUGGAUAUGCUUGAUGCACUGGUCCAUGUUGGGGCAGAUAUCAAUCGUAGAGACUUUUUCGGCUUCACGCCACUCAUCGAAGCUGGCUACUUUGGAUAUAGAGAAAUAAUCGACUGUUUGAUUAAGCAUGGUGCGGUCUUUACUGCCCGGGAUGGCGUUGGUCAUUCUAUCUUGGAACACAUCAUGAACGGCAAAUCUGAGAUGAAGGAGCAGCUCUUGGAACAUAUCGGUCCAUUUGCUAGUCAAGAACAGCUAGACAGGGCCCUAAUAUAUGACUUUGAGAAUACGAGCGGGCAUACGGCGACGCUGGUAAAGCUUGGCGCAAAUCCUGACAAUGUGGGUCUAUCGGCUGGUGACGUUCAAUCCAACUCAUCGUCAUCGAAGGCUCUUGAAUCUGAUAUACCUGAAUGA